AUGGAAGAUGAUAGUGAGGUAUGGGAAGAUGACAGUACGGUUGAGGAUGCAGUCAUUGAGCAACAUGAGGAUGAGGAGGCAAUAGUGCAAGAUCUAGAUGCUGCUGGAGAUCUACCACUUGGAGAUACUGCUGGAGAUCUACCCGUUGGAGAUACUGCUAGAGAUCUACUCAUUGGAGAGUCUCCUAGAGAAGAUGGGUCAGUGCCCAUCGAUCUUGAAGAGACUAGAGUUGUCCUAAAGGAGAAGGUGCGCCGUUUAAGGGAGGUUUUGAGCACCGAGGUGGGGGUGCCAUGGGUGCCCACUAUUGUAGAUCAAAUCACCGAUACGGGAGAAGAGGGAGAUGAGGCAUGGUGUAUAAGGGAGGUGGAGCCACCGCUAGGCACCACCAUUGUUCGCGAGCAGGGAUGA